AUGAUAAGUGAAGAUCUUGAUAUUGAAAUAACAAGUAACGAAAAGGCCACACUCAAUAUGUGUACAAAGCUUAUAUGUGAUGAUAUGGCUGCCCAUCCUUCGUUGAUCACUCUUGGUCCUAAUCCUAGUUGGGGGUCUAUACCAACUUCACUAGAUGUCUCAGAAACUGGGCAUCAACUGCAAGAGUUGCACAUCUCUGAAGGGACCGCCAUAAAAGAUUACAGUCUUGGAACCUAUGAAUCUAAGGCAGCUUUGCGUGUGGUUCAAAAGCGAACAAAGAAAAACAAGUGUUCUGCUCUUCUUUGUGUGAAAGGAUUCUUUAAGACAUUCAAGUUUUAUGAAUUUGUUGUUACAAAAGAUCAUGCAGAGCAUACUCCUGGUGAUAUGCCUAGUGACAUUUGCACCCUUCCUCUUGCAAAGAAAUAUCUUCACGAGUUGGCUCAGCAAUUAGAACAGUCGUCAAAAUCUGCUAGUCAAAUUAGAAUUGAUAUGUUGAGAGCUAUCAAUGAAAAGCUGUAUCAUUUUGACAAAGACCAAAUGACUUCUUUCUUAAUCUGGAUAAACAACAAACUUCCUGCCUUAAACUUCAACAUCUUUAAGGCAAACACUUCAUAUUCUCCAGAUCCAUCAGCCUUUGCAUAUGGUUUUAUGUCACCCGUUCAGCAAGAAAAAAUGAAAACUGCAACUUCUUUCUGUUUGGAUGCUACUCAUGCAAUCUCUAGCAACAUGAAUGAGAUUCUUUAUACCCUUUUGGUGCGGGAUGAAGAUAUUGGUAGAGGAUGGCCUGUUGCCUUUAUGGUAACCAAUGAUCAAGGUGUAAGCCCCAUUGUGCAGUGGCUGCAGUUCUUGAAGAGAUCUUCUUUGCUUGUUGACCCAAAGCAAUUUACUAUUGAUUGUUGUGCAGCAGAAGUUCAUGCCAUUCAGACAACUUUCCCUGCAACAUCCAUUCAAUUUUCCAUCUUUCAUGUAACCCAAGCAUGGAACCAAAAGUUAUCUGACAGUGUGAAGAUUCUUGGAUCCUUAUUAUCACAGGCACAAAUUUUACAUGGUUUUAAAGAAGACUUUGACGACCAAGAAAGCUUCUUGGAUUACUUUGAGAGAAACUGGUGCACAGAAGCAAAGUUUAAGAUCUGGAGUAGAGCAUACCAUGAACAACAAUUCUCCCAUAUGCUCACAAAUAACUAUAUCGAGUCCUGA